AGAUGACGUGACCGCGCGGCCGGCUCUGCAGCAUGGCGUCCGUGGCGCUGAGCGAGGCGGAGAAGGUGUACAUCGUGCAUGGUGUCCAGGAAGACCUCCGCGUGGAUGGCCGUGGCUGUGAGGACUACCGAUGUGUCGAAGUGGAAACCGAUGUGGUGUCCAACACCAGUGGGUCUGCCAGGGUCAAGCUGGGUCACACAGACAUCUUGGUGGGAGUGAAAGCGGAAAUGGGGACGCCGAAGCUGGAGAAGCCAGAUGAAGGCUACGUGGAGUUCUUUGUUGACUGUUCAGCCAAUGCUACGCCAGAGUUUGAAGGUCGAGGAGGUGAUGACCUUGGCAUCGAGAUCGCCAAUACCCUCACCCGGAUAUUUAACAAAGGCAGCCUGGACCUGAAGUCCCUGUGCAUUAGCCCUCGGGAGCACUGUUGGGUUCUCUACGUGGAUGUGCUGCUGUUGGAAUGCGGUGGAAAUUUGUUUGAUGCCAUUUCCAUAGCUGUAAAGGCUGCUCUCUUCAAUACAAGGAUACCAAGAGUUCACGUCCUAGAGGAUGAAGAGGGGUCGAAAGAAAUUGAGCUGUCUGAUGACCCCUAUGACUGUAUCCAGCUAAGCGUGGAGAAUGUUCCGUGCAUCGUCACCCUGUGCAAGAUCGGCUACCGGCACGUGGUGGAUGCCACUCUGCAGGAGGAGGCCUGCUCCUUGGCCAGCCUGCUGGUGUCCGUGACCAACAAGGGAGUCGUGACAUGCAUGCGGAAAGUGGGCAAGGGCAGCCUGGACCCCGAGAGCAUCUUCGAGAUGAUGGAGACCGGCGAGCGCGUGGGCAAGGCGCUGCACAGCUCCCUGCAGAGCCUUCUACACAAGGAGGAGAGCCUGGGGCCCAAGAGGCAGAAAGUCGGGUUCCUGGGAUGACUGGCACGCCUCCGCCUCCACUGCGAGGUCGGUCUGCCCGUUUCCUCCUGCACUGUGGUCUGUAUCUAUGUUUGUUACGUGUCACGCAUGCCAGGCAACAUUUGCACUUGUAAAAUUAAAGUCUCUUU